AUGCAUUCACUAUCCCUUCUUCUUCUUUCUGCAUCAGGCACCUUGGCCUACCCUUGGGUAGCCGGCCAGCCAGGUGUUAAGUCCUCGCUCUUCAAAGAUGCUCAGCCUCAGAAGAGACAGGCCAAUUGCCCCUUCAACGCGAACCACCAACCAGCGGCACCAUACACCAGCCAGUAUCCUUACCUUGGCGCGAAGAAUGGUUCUGCAGGAACAGGAGUCGGCGGAAUUAAGGUUCCAGCCGAUGGCGACACUGCACACGCCUUCGUAGCGCCAGGGGCAAACGAUAUUCGUGGUCCCUGUCCUGGUCUCAAUGCAGCCGCCAAUCACAACUUCUUGGCUCACGAUGGCGUCGUGACCUUCAACGAGCUUGUCGAUGCGCAGCAAAAUGUCUAUAAUGUCGGCUAUGAUCUCGCCGUCCUUCUCGCCACAUUCGGCGUGUCUCUCGAUGGUGACAUCGGCACAGGCAAGCUUAGCAUAGGAUGUGAUGCUACGUCUCGUACCGCUUCGCUCGGCGGCAUACUUGGUCGCCAACCUGGACUCGAUGGGCACAACAAAUUCGAAGCUGACUCGUCGCUCACUCGCAACGACUACUUCACUCACAACGGUGACAACUACAGCUUCAACGGAACCCUUUUCGCUAGGAUGAAGGUAGUCGCCGACCGUGUCUCAGGCGGGAAGUUCGACCGCAACGCUUUAGCAGCAUACAGGAGCCAGCGUUACGAUGAGUCCGUCCAGGAGAACCCCAACUUCUUCUUUGGUCCUCUAACUGUUUUGCUUUACGGAGCCUCCUCUUUCCUCUACGAGCUGUUUGCUCCAUAUGGCCCUGAAGGUACUCCCGAUCUUGCCUCCAUGGAAUCUUUCUUCGGCGCCGUCGCGGACUCCUCUGCAGAAGGAGGCUAUCGACACGUCGGCGAGCAGAUUCCCGCUAACUGGCAUAACCGUCGCGCCCCAUACACAAACCAAGAUGUCACCAACGAGAUUGUCGCACAAUACAUUCAGUACCCCAAGCUGUUUGGCGGAAACGUUGGCACGAACAACUUCGAUGCGCUCCCUUCUACAGUCGGUAUCAUAGGCGACGGCAAGCUCCCGAAUGAUGUUACGGGGGCUGCUCUACUUUGCUUGCUGUACCAACUUGCUACUAUGAGUGUGCCGAGCUCGUUGAGCGCCACGACUGGUCUCACGCUCAGUGUUAUCAACUGGUCUCUUGGCACGUUGAAUCCUAUCUUCAAGAACGCUGGCUGUCCUCUCAAGCCUGAUCAGACAUCGUAGGGCCUGGUAUUGGUCGAGACUAAUAUGGGGAACUGUCCUUCAUGAUUCGAUGCGAAGUCUCUGGAUUAAGUUGCAACGGAGGGGUUGAAAUGGGCAUAACGAGUACGGAAACGAAUACUCUGAGGUUUGGCAGGAAUAGUCUAGUUUUUGAGAAUGUCGC